AUGCACUUCAACUUUAUCCUCAACACGGUCCUUUCUCUGGCAGCUGCGACAACAGUCAGUGCGGCCCGCAAGGCUAAUGAGUUCAGCAGCGGUAACUGUGCCCAAGGAACGGCGUCCUAUGAGCACCAUGGCAACCACAAUGUCCAUGUAACAAUGGAUGAUACUAGUAACUCGGUCUACUUUGGUGAUGGUCCGUGGUACUACUACAGCGGCAAGAGCAAGAAUGGUGGUUUUUGUACUGGCGACCUUAUUGGAUCUUGGCAGAAUGACAAUAAGCAUCCUUGUGUCAACUUGAACUGGCGAUCUGAGGGAGACUCUCGUCGUAUUAAGUGUGUCCGAUGGAACAACGCGGAUUAG